CAAAAGACACAAUUCAAGUGAAGCGCGGCAACCCUGCAUUUCCCAUCCCGAGUAUUGACGAGGUGUAACUCUGGUUGUCUACGCGCCAGAAUCCCCUAUACCAGGGAGAUAUGAGACGGAAAAUGCCUUGAAGUGCCUAGGAACUUUUAUGGGUUUUAAAUCGAAUUCACCCCAAAUAGCCCAUGGCUGCGCCAACUGAGCAAAACACUUCAAUAGUCUGACUUUCCCGACCACCAAGCGAUUUGUUUGGAGAACCUCUCAGCGCUCCCCGGUACACAAUCCAGACGCCCGUCCCUUUUCACCCCAUUAGCGUCGCGACGCCUUCAAGGGUGCGGCUUUUUUGACUCACCUUUGCACGGUAGUGGCUUCGAAACGCACACAAAAUGAGUUUGUAUGCAUUGUAGUCUCGAUAACUCCUCUAGGGUAAAGUUGGAGUGAAGCUAUCGGAAGGGUGUGAAAAUGGAUCUUAAAGGGAAGGUGGCACUGGUGACAGGUGGGGCGUCUGGACAUGGCAGGGAAUAUUGCAAAGAACUCUUCAAGCAGGGUUGCAAGAUCGCCGUUUGCGACAUUAAUGUGGAAGCGGGCGACGAUCUGCUGCAGCAGCUCUCAAAAAACGUCAAAGAUCGCGUUAUUUUCAUCCCCUGCGAUGUGACCGACUACAUGCAGUUUGAAGAAGCGUUCCAGACGACAAUUUCCCGACUAGGAGGCGUGGAUAUCGUGAUAAACAAUGCCUCAGUGAUGAACGAUCGUCUGUGGGAGCUGGAAGUGGACGUCAAUCUGAAUGGCGUCAUCCGCGGCCUGCUUCUAGCGUUCAGAUUCAUGGGGAAAGACAGGGGCGGCCCUGGUGGGAUCGUGGUUAACGCCGGCUCGAGCUGUUGUAGAAACCCUCUAGUUUCCCUACCAGUCUACACAGCAACCAAGCAUGCUGUGGCCGCCCUAACCCGUUGCUAUGGUGAUCUGUAUCACGUGAACUUGACAGGGAUUAAAGUGAUUUCCAUAUGCCCCACUCCUACGGAGACUGAAAUGGGUGGCGAUCCGCGCAAAAGGAUUUUAAGUGGCGAAUACGAGCAGGCCUGGCUGAGUGACACGUCCAAUAGCGCCCCAGUCAAGCCAGAACGACUGGGGAAAAUCCUGACUGAACUGAUCCAGAACGCCAAAAGCGGCUCAAGUUGGCUGGUCUGCAAUGACCAUCCUCCAAAGGAGCUGCCUUAAGAAAGGCAGCCAACCCAACCAGGUCCAAAGUACUAAACAAUCAAACGCUUUUUUUGUUUAACUUCCACAAGCCACUACUUGGACGUACUUUAAGAGCUUUUUAUUGAUUUGUUAAGGCUUUUACCCUAUUAAGUUUGGAAUCGUGUUCCGGGCGGCUUAAAUUGAAGCCGCCUAUUUGUUUGGUCAUUCGAAUUUGUUCCACCCGGUACAUUCGCAUUAUUUUGAGGGUUUUAUUAUCUGCGUUGAGUGUUUUUAAUGUUUGAGCUUUUCGUAAUAAACUAUCCAAAAAUGAG